AUGAGUGAGAAAGCCCAAUUCCCUAGCAGUUGUAGUGCUGAUGGAAACUCUAAAAGUUUUCUUAUUGAAAAUUCAUCUGAGAAAAAAGCGAAGAUCGAGAUAGAAUGUGAAGAAACUGGCCUCAUUGAUAGAAUCAGACAACUACCUGACGCUCUUAUUGUUCAAAUUCUUUCUCGAUUGUCCAUAAAAGAUGCCUUCAGAACAACUAUUCUCUCUAAACGUUGUCGUGGUGAUGAUGGAAACUCUGAAAGUUGGCUUAUUGAAAACUCACCUCAGAUAAAAGCGAAGAUUGAGACAGAAUGUGAUGAAACUGGCCUCAUUGAUAGAAUUAGUCAACUACCUGACGGUCUUAUUGUUCAAAUUCUUUCUCGAUUGUCCAUAACAGAUGCCUUCAAAACAGCUAUUCUCUGUAAACAUUGCCAAUACUUCUGGACUUCUAUCGACAAUUUUGUUUAUGACAAUGAGGAGUUUAGUCGUUCAGAUAGCUCGAUGGUACACAAAUUCAUUUCCUUAACGGAUAAUGUACUACCUCUCCUUAGCAACUCUAGCAUUAAAAAGUGUAGUCUAAACUUUGUGUUCAAACAUGAGGAUGAUAUGUCUUAUUUUCCCGUAAUUGACAAGUGGCUUGAAUUUGCUGUGAACAAGAAAGUGGAGGGUCUAUGCCUGAAUAUAAGUUAUGAUAUUGAUGUGAUUGAGCAUGACCAACCCUAUAGUCUGCCAGAAGUUUUUUGUAGUAGCUCGUCGAUUCUAAAACUCAAAUGCCAGAAUUGCAGAAUAUUAGACGAUUGUGUACUAAAUUGGACAUCUCUGAAGAGUUUAACGCUGGGGAGUUUGUUAAUCCGGGAUGAACACAUUAAACAAAUAAUGUCAAAUUGUCCUCAAUUGGAAUCAUUCAAUCUAUAUGGAUUUUGUGGUUUUAAUCAUUUGCACAUGACUUCUCCAAAAUGUAAGAGAUUGAAAUUGAUUGAUCACUAUCAUCCUAUCGGAGAUUGGUAUUCAUUCGAAGGUGAUUGUUGCUUUGAAGUUGUUGCUCCAUAUGUUGAAUAUUUAACGAUUUUUGGGGAUUUUGAUUAUACGGAAAUUGAGCUUAAGGACUUGUCAUCUUUGGACCAUGCCAAACUUGAUCUCUGUAGUGAUGAAUUUGAUUCGAUGGAUGAGGACAAACUGAAGAUCUUUUGGUAA